AUGGCUUCAUACACGACUGCUGUAGCCAAGAUCCCCGAGCUGGGCCCCUCACCCGACGAUGCUUCUUCCAAGCCGCACCAUGUGAAGAAGAACGGCGCCACCGUCGGCUUCAAGAAUAUUCAUCCCUCUUAUGGUGAUGGCGUCGGUCCUUGGGAGCUCAUUAAGCAUGUCGUUUGGCCGAGCUGGACAGGCAAGCUGCCGUCUCCUGACACGACGCCUCCAAAUGUUUCCGUCAUCAAGCCAGACUUCCUGCCCAGCCGUACAGCCUCCGCUAAGCUCCGCGCGACAUGGCUCGGCCACGCCUGCUACUACGUCGAGUUUCCCUCCGGGCUGCGCGUGCUGUUCGACCCUGUCUUCGAGGAUCGCUGCUCGCCCUUCACCUUUUUGGGUCCCAAGCGAUAUACUCCGAAGCCCUGCGACCUCGCUGAUAUUCCCUUCGUCGACGCAGUUCUCAUCAGCCACAGUCACUACGACCACCUCUCCCACGAGUCCGUCCUCACGAUCCAGAAGCACAACCCGAAAGCCCACUUCUUCGUCGGCAUGGGUUUGGAGUCGUGGUUCCAGAAGGCCGGCCUGAAAAAUGUGACGGAGCUGGAUUGGUGGGAGGAUGCGGAAAUCACAUUGAACGUCGAGAAAGGUACCGCUGACGAGCCCGAGACUAUCACCGCCCAAGUAUCGUGCCUCCCAUGCCAGCACACAUCCGCCCGCACACCGUUCGACAAGGACGAGACCUUGUGGGCUUCGUGGGGUGUCAAAUCAGGCGCGAAGUCCGUCUGGUUCGGAGGUGAUACUGGGUACCGUGCCGUGCCGUACGUUCCCCCGAGUGUCGACGACUACGGCCCGGAAUUCGCCUCUCUGCCGGUUUGCCCGCAAUUCAAGCAGAUUGGCGAGUUCAGAGGCCCUUUCGAUCUCGGUCUGAUCCCCAUUGGCGCAUACUAUCCUCGGGUCGCUUUCUCGCCGAUGCACGCCAAUCCUUUUGACUCGGUCGAGAUUUUUAAAGAUACUAAGUGUCAGCGCGCCAUGGGCAUCCAUUGGGGGACCUGGGCCCUGACUAUGGAGGAAGUCUUGGAGCCGCCCAAGCUUCUUCAGCUGGCCAUGAAGCGCAAGGGCCUUCCUGAGAAUGGUGUUUUUGACGUCUGCGACAUUGGAGAAAGCAAAGAGUUCUAA